UGGACGUGUUCAUGAACGCGUGCACUGUGUUCGUGUUCCUCUCGCUGAUGGAGUACGCCAUGGUGAACGUCAUCAUGGGUGACCUGGUGGACGCUGACGAGUCCCUGGUGCGGCGCAGCAUCCGUUCGGUGCGACGGAGACUGACAGUGCGCCGGCGCCGCGCGCCCGGCGGCAUCAAGACGGAUGGCGAGGGCCUGCCGAUGAGCGACGGGCCACGCGACGCCGCCUCCCUGCACAACGGGGCCAUCUUUUCGGCGGCGCUGCCGCAGCCGUCGGCGUUUCUGCGCGACACGUCACAGGAGCAGCGGCACCGGGCCAUCCUGGUGGACCGGUUCUCGCGCGUGUUCUUCCCUUUGUCGUUUGUGGUACUGAACACCGUGUACUGGGUGGUGUUCUAUUUCAAUGGACCGCAGCAGGUCUGAUACAGUGCGGAACAGAACAGGCGAAGGGGUGACGUGAGGAGCCGACAGGACGGUCGAGAGAAACGAUAUGCUCGUGAUGUGUCGUGAAAUGUUGGAAAAGGACACCGCCGGUGGACCUACAUAAUUGAGUGAGAUAUAGACAAGGAGCGCUGCGUUGUCUGUGUCGAACGGCAUAGGUUGGCGACGUGCAGUGCAAUGAAUUAUACGACAGUGGGGAGCUGGGAAGCCUGGGUGCAGCGGCAUCCUGGGCUUUGAAGACAUGCUUGAAAUGGUGCGCUCAUUUCGCGAAGUGUUACUAUUUUUAGUGAAGUGCAAAGUUCGUUAUCUCACAUGCCCGAUUAUAGGAUGAGUGCGUAAAACACAUCCUUAUAUGGAAUGUUGAAUAUGGUAAUGAGAAGAAACACAUUCCUCCUCCGCUUUAAAAUAUUGUUGACAUGCAAGCACUGACAUGUAGUUCUUUUUAGUAGCAACAUCUCUAACAUCUACCUCUAUUUGUAGCUAGUCAUGCUACUGCUUAUGCUGUCUCGUGGAAUGGUGGUGACUUUAACCCGCGCACCGACGGGGGUCUGCGCCAACUUAGUACCGA